AUAAUUAAUCAUAACUGAUUAAACACUGUAUACUCGAUUAUGAAUAUGAUUGCGAAUCCAUUGCUAAACGUAGUUUCAAAUUGAGGAAUUAAAAAAUUUUGAAUUUUUGAAUUAAAAAAAUAAUUUGCAAUUCCCAAACUAUGGCACUGAUGGUAAGAUUGAAAAUCAGGUCUCAUGGCCAUAUAAGGAGAUUCCACUGUACUGACAUUACAAUUUAAUUGUUGUAAACGAGCGUACAGAUCGCAGUGUACAGAUUAUAUUAAACUCUGAUGAAUAUGAUCAUGAAAUAAGGAGGGUCGUCGUACACAAUCAGUAUGCCACACUAUAUCAAGUAAUUGUAAUUUAUACGUGCGUAAAUAUCUCGUCGCGCAAUUCACGCUAUUCAAAAGUGUAUAAGGUAUAUAUAUGAGCAAAUAAGUAAUCUUUGAUAUGACUGAAGAUUAUUAAUGUUAUCUAAAUUAAUUGAACUGAACCUGUAAUAGCAGAUUCUGUACGACAGCUCGGAAGAAUUUAAUAUUUUUCUUAAAUGAAACUUAGAAACACUAAAUGAAAGCAUCAUUGGUUCGCUUAAGUCAAACAUUUAAAACUUGUCAACAUAUCAGGUUAAUUUAUGAUCAUUACGUCACGUGCAUUCAUGGAGAUAGAAGAAUAAAGUGCGUGAGUUGACUGGAGAAAGGAAUAUUUAUAUCCUUGUUUACACGCACAUGUUAGCACAAUAAAUGUAACCUGUAUUAUAAAUUAUAUUAUAAUUAUAUAUUGUUAAGAGAAUGCAACUGUGAUAUUUUUAUAUUUCCCUCUAUAGAGUAUUUCGCGCGCAGCUUACGAGUACGAAUUCCUAAUUUUGAACAUUUCACAUUUCUAAAUAUAAAAAUUCGAAAAUGUCUAAAUUUAAAACUUUGAAAAUUUGUAAAAUCAAUAUUUUUAAAUCUUAUAUAUUAAAAUUUGAAUCAAUCAGUACUUUAUAAAACGAUAAGCAACCAAUUAUAUUUGGGCAUACUAUGGUCUACUAUAGUCUCCCUCUCAUAUUAACUUUUACUCCUCCUCGUUUAAUAAUCCUACAUACACUUAAAUAUUCUGUCCUUGCGUUUGAAAUUCAUGUAUUUGUAUUUAUUUACAUACGUCGCACUCACUCACACGUUAUCUUGUAUGGUUCACUGUUACAAGGCAGUAAUGGAAGUAAAAACAGGAGACAACAAUUUUGUCAGUGACCAAAACAAAGAUAAUGAGAAUCAAUACAAUGAUAUGGAUGGACAACAUUUUUUACUUCCUGGUGUACAUUCACGUUCACCAAAAAUAGCUGUAGAAUAUAUUCGUAGAUCUGAUAUGAAUAGAUAUAAUCCAGCUUUGAAGAAUCUUAUACCAAUACGUCAUGGGCAACAGGACAAAGAAAGUAUGCCUGCAGAUAGUGCUGGUUUAUUUUCAUACAUUUUUUAUACAUGGAUGACACCUUACAUAUGGAAAGCAUACAAAAAGCACAUCGACAUAACAGAUAUACCAUAUAUUUCAUCUUAUGAAACAUGCAAAUAUAAUGCACAAAGAUUGGAAGUACUUUGGCAAGAGGAAUUAAGUAAACAUGGUCCACAUUCUGCAUCAUUUCCAACUGUUGCUUGGAAAUUUGUGCGAACAAGAAUAUGUAUAGCAUGGCUGUUGUUAACUUGUUCUACAAUUCUUGGAUUUAUAAGUCCUAUGAUACUGAUGAAAAGAAUAUUAGAACAUGUUCAAUCACCCGAGGAAGAUAUAUGGACAGGUAUAAAGUGGGCAUCCUUAUUAACUUGCUGUGAUCUUUUACGAAUAGUAUUUUUUACUUGGACAUGGAAUACAAAUAUUAGAACAGCAUUGAGAUUAAAAUCUGCUUGUACCACUCUGUUGUACAAAAAGAUCAUUAGAUUGAAUAGUCUUGGGAAUAAAAGUACAGGAGAGUUGAUUAAUUUAUUUACCAAUGAUAGUCAAAGACUUUUUGAUGUAAUCAUUUAUGGACCUAUGAUAAUAAGUGGUCCCAUAAUUGUUACUUGUGGUGUAAUUUAUAUAUUAUGGGUGUUAAGUCCAUGGGCUCUUUUUGGAACAAUGGCCUUUCUUUUAUUCUACCCUUGUCAGUAUCUAAUAUCUCGUGUAGUAGGGUAUUUUCGUUCCAAGACUGUCGUAAUUACUGAUACACGAGUGAAAUUAAUGAGUGAAAUCUUAGAAUGUAUAAAACUAAUUAAAAUGUGUUCCUGGGAGAAAUAUUUCAGUGACAAACUUUUUGAUAUACGAAAAAAAGAAGAAUACUGGUUACAUAAAACUGUAUAUUUUCAAAGUCUCGCUAUUUCUUUAACACCUGCUGUACCUGUUGUAUCAGCAAUUAUUACAUUUUUAGCUCAUUUAUCUUCAGGCAGUAAUUUGACUGCAGCACAGGCUUUCCCAAUUAUAACAUUUUUUGGAAAUAUGCUGAGAUUGGCACUUGCGUCCCUUAAGGAUACCACACGAUAUUUUAUCGACGCUCGUAUUGCUCUUAGAAGAUUCAAGGUGUUUCCCCUCGUAUCAUUACUCAAUUCUCAGUUCCGUUCCUCUUUCAUGUUUUUACAAGUGGCCUUAAUUAAUAUCACUGAAUCAAAAAUAGCACUCAACAGAAUUCAGAAUGUAUUGCUUUUAGAAGAGCACACAUGCCAAAUAUCGAAACCAAUUGUGAAAUCACAAGCUGUAGCUGUUGCUAAUGGUACAUUUGUUUAUAAAAACUCCACUUUAAACACUAACAAGUCAAAAAGUAAUAAAGAUAAAAAAAAAAUUGCUCGCAGUUCAAAAGAUAAAUGCGAAUUAGAAAAUCUCAAUGAAUCUUCUAAAGAAAUGGAACACGUGGAAGUGCUGACUGAUAUUAAAUUUGGGGCAGCAAAAGGUGCAUUAAUAGGAAUUUGUGGUCUUGUAGGAAGUGGAAAGUCUAGUCUAUUGCUCGCAGCUUUAGGGCAAUUAAAAAUGAUAAGUGGUCAUAUACUGAGAGAAGGUUCCUGUGCUUAUGUUAGUCAACAAGCAUGGAUUGUUAAUGCAACUCUUAGAGAAAAUAUAUUGUUCGGAAAUUCGUUCGAUGCCAAACGAUAUUACCAAGCAUUAACAGUUUGUAAUUUAAAGGAAGACUUGAACUUAUUACCAGGGGGGGAUGAGACUGAAAUUGGAGAAAGAGGUAUAAAUCUUUCAGGAGGCCAGAAGCAAAGAGUUGCUCUUGCCAGAGCACUUUAUGCCAAUAGAGAUAUUUAUUUUCUGGACGAUCCAUUGAGUGCAGUGGAUGCACAUGUAGGUUCUUAUAUUUUUAAGAAUUUAAUUCUUGGAGCACUUAAGAACAAAUGCGUUCUUUUUGUAACACACCAAGUUCAAUUUUUAAAACACUGUGAUCAAAUUUACUUAAUGAACAAAGGAAGAAUUGUGGAACAAGGUACACAUGAUGAACUGAUGCAUUUAAAUGGGGAAUAUGCUACAAUGGUAAACAGUGCAGUAUUAAAAACGGAAAAUAAUAUGAAAGACGAAAAUUCUAUGAUAUCUCGAACAGAUAGUGGACAUUUUAAUUUGACAAAACAAAUAGAAUUCAACUCUGCGAAUAACGGUGAUGUGUCAAAAGAAACACAUGGAAAAGGAGUAUCUCUUACAACACAAGAGAAAACGGAAACGGGUACGGUAAAAGCACAUACGUAUCAUACAUAUGUGAAAGCUGCGGGUGGUUAUUUUGUGGCUAUUUUAGUAUUUUUUACACUUUUUCUAAAUGUUGGAAGUUCUGCAUUUAGUACUUGGUGGUUAGCUGUAUGGAUUAAGGCUGGCGGUGGAAACGUCACAAAUCUUGAAACGAAUGAAACUACAGUAUCUGAUAAUUUGAAUGACAAUCCUGAUUUCACAUAUUAUCAAAACGUUUAUGCUUCUUGCAUUGGAGUUAUUUUGUUUACGAGUCUAUUACGUGGAUUAGCUAUUACAUACACUACAAUAAAGGCUUCAACAGCACUGCAUAAUAAAGUUUUUAACAAAAUAAUCAGAACCACGUUAACAUUUUUUGAAACGACUCCCAUUGGAAGAAUACAAAACAUUUUUAGUCGAGAUAUCGAUGAAGUUGACAAUUAUAUACCAAUUUCUGUAGAAAAUAUGGUACAGAAUAUUUUUACCUGCAGCUUUGCGAUUAUUUUCAUAUGUUCCAUACUACCUUGGUUUUGUUUGCUAUUAAUCAUUGUGGGUGUCACAUUCUUUUAUGUCAGCAAAGUUUUUCGGGUAGCAAUGAGAGAUUUCAAGCGAAUGGAAAGUACUUCACGAUCUCCUGUUCUGAGUUUUGUCACAACCACAAUUCAUGGAUUAAGUACAAUUCAUGCAUUUCAAAAGGAAAAAACAUUUGUAACCAAGUUUGAGGAAUUAUUUGAUUUAAACAGUCUGUGUGUUUAUCUGUGUCAGUCAGCAAUGAGAUGGUCUGCAGUGAGACUUGAUGGUCUAGCAGUAGCUUCAUCUUCUAUUGUUUCAUUUCUUGUAAUAGCAUUCAGAAAUCAACUAUCUCCAGCUCUAGCUGGUUUAGCAAUGGCAUAUGCUACGCAAAUGACAGGCGUUUUUCAGUACACUGUAAGAUUAAUGGCAGAAACAGAAACACGAUUUAUAAGCAUUGAACGAAUAAGCUAUUACUUCAGGACUUUGCAAAAUGAAGAUAUUCCCAAAAAAGAUGCUGUGAAUCCUGCGAACGACUGGCCUGCUUAUGGCAAAUUGGAAUUUCGCAAAGUGCAGUUAAAGUACAGGAAAGAAUUACCACCAAUAUUAGAUAAUAUUUCAUUUGUGGUUAAACCUGGAGAACAUAUAGGUAUCGUGGGAAGAACAGGCGCUGGAAAAAGUUCUCUGAUUGUCGCUUUAUUUCGACUGGUUGAAAUAUCCGCCGGAAAAAUUAAAAUUGAUGACAUAGAUAUAUCAAAAGUGAAUUUAGAACUACUAAGAAGCAAAUUGUCUAUAAUUCCUCAGGAUCCAGUUUUGUUUAAUGGAACUAUACGAUCAAAUUUAGAUCCUUUUAAACAAUACAGUGAUUCUGAGAUUUGGAGUGCUUUGGAAAAAACUAAGUUAAAAGAAAAAGUGAAAACAAUAUCAGGUCAAUUAGAUGCAUUUGUUGAAGUUGGUGGAAACAAUUUAAGCGUCGGGGAAAGACAACUAUUUUGUUUAUCAAGAGCACUUUUACGUAAUGCCAAAGUGUUGGUAUUAGACGAAGCAACAGCUGCUGUUGAUCCUGAGACUGAAACUGCUGUACAAAGUACAAUACAAAACGAAUUCUCAAAUUGUACUACGUUAACAAUUGCUCACCGUCUAAAGACUGUUGUAUCGUGUGAUCGUAUUAUUGUAAUGAGGAAUGGUCAAAUAAUUGAAUUUGAUGCACCAUCAGUACUUUUAUCCAACUCAAACUCGGAAUUUUCAAAAAUGAUGGCUGCCACAAAUAAAGCUAUAUAAAACAAU